CCGCGUCUCGCCUGGGAGGCAGCUGUGCAAUAACGCACGAGGAGGAGGAGGCGGAGGAGGAGGAGGAGGAGGAGGAGGAACGGUGAGGGGGAGGGAGGGAGAGAAAGAGUCCUGCCGAGAGCAUCACUGACAAGCCGGUCGGUUAACAGUGAACCCUCCCGCAAACGUCCACCGCAUGUCCAUGUGGGCAUUGAUCCGCGUGACAGAUCCCCGCCUCUAAAGCAGCCCCUUGGGUUCAAGGCUUGCCCCUCCUGACCGGCGCCAAUCUGAGAUGGGUAGAAGGAGGGGGGCGGGAAGGUUAGUUUGAAGAAGGGCAGAGCUUUGCGAAGAGGACGCCGAUUUCUCUAUUAUUUCACCGCUGGAGAAGAAGAAGAAAAAAAAAAAGAAAAAAAAAAUCCCAAAGCCAGUGGACAAUAACAGCUGAGGGAGAAAGAAAUCAGUCGGACCAAACGUCAGAAGAACCUCAUUAACUCCAAGGAAACCCAGUCUGGAGAGAGAGAGAGAGAGAGAGAGAGAGAGAGAGAGAGAGAGAGAGGGAGAAGAAACAGCAAGGAGAGAACAUCCCAUAUUGCUGCUGGACUCCUCUCUUUAAACGGAUAUGGCUGCUGCACUUUGGAAGCCUAAACCACUGGACUUGGGCUUGUGGAUCUUCCUCCUGCUCCUCAACCUCCUUCCUGAAGCCAGGGCAGUCGUUGGACACAGAGAGCCGUUGCCUGAUGACAGCAAAGACAAUAUCACCAUUUUCACCCGAAUUCUAGACAGGCUGUUGGAUGGAUAUGACAACAGAUUACGUCCUGGGCUGGGAGAGAGUGUGACAGAAGUGGGGACAAACAUCUAUGUGACGAGUUUUGGGCCGGUGUCGGAUACAGACAUGGAGUACACCAUCGAUGUCUUCUUCCGUCAGAGUUGGAGGGACGAGAGGCUGAAGUUUGACGGGCCCAUGCAGGUUUUACCCCUCAACAACCUCUUGGCCAGUAAGAUCUGGACUCCUGAUACAUUUUUCCACAACGGAAAGAAAUCGGUGGCCCACAACAUGACGACUCCGAACAAGCUGCUACGGCUAGUCGACAACGGCACGCUUCUCUACACGAUGAGGUUGACCAUUCAUGCCGAGUGCCCCAUGCACCUGGAGGAUUUCCCGAUGGAUGCACACGCCUGUCCUCUGAAAUUCGGAAGUUACGCUUACACCAAUAACGAGGUGAUCUACCUGUGGACCCAGGGACACGAACGGUCUGUUACUGUCGCAGAGGACGGCUCCAGGCUGAACCAGUAUGACUUACUGGGACAUGUUAUUGGCAAAGAAACCAUCAGUUCCAGCACAGGAGAAUAUGUAGUGAUGACAACAUAUUUCCAUUUGAAAAGGAAAAUUGGCUAUUUUGUGAUUCAAACCUACCUCCCGUGCAUCAUGACUGUCAUACUGUCUCAGGUCUCCUUCUGGCUAAACAGAGAAUCGGUUCCUGCUCGCACUGUAUUUGGGGUCACCACUGUCCUAACCAUGACCACCCUGAGCAUCAGUGCUAGAAACUCCCUCCCUAAGGUGGCCUAUGCCACUGCAAUGGACUGGUUCAUGGCUGUGUGCUAUGCCUUUGUCUUCUCUGCCUUGAUUGAGUUUGCCACAGUCAACUACUUCACCAAACGCAGCUGGGCAUGGGAUGGGAAAAAAGAGGGCAUGGAGAUAAGGGAACCGUUUCAGGCUAACAUGGCCAGGAUUAACGAUAUGAGAAGAGAAUCUGCGACUUUGUCCAAAAAGGCAAACAACACCUUCAACAUUGUUGGAACCACCUACGCCAUCGACGUGGCUAAAGACCAAGGUUUAACGACCAUUUCCAAGAGUGCCGCUGGAGCGGCGGCCAAACACCAAUACCUCCAUAGAAUGGAUGACCCCUACACGGAGGCCAAGAAGUCCUACAACCGUGUCAGCAAAGUGGACAAGAUCUCGCGCAUCAUUUUCCCAGUUCUGUUCUUCAUCUUCAACUUAGGCUACUGGGCCACGUAUGUCAACAGAAAGCCCGCUAUCAUGAAGGCAAACAACUUAAACUGAAUUUGACCAAAUGCUAGGCUUGAUCCGGAGGUAGACAGGUUUGCAGGAGGUCAAGUCCAUUACAUCUUAUUGUGUGUGUGUGUGUGUGUGUGUGUGUGUGUGUGUGUGUGUGUGUGUGUGUGUGCGCGGACGUGUUUCAAGUGUAUGUUUUUUUUCUUAAGAGUUUGAUAUGUUGCACGUCUGUAUAGAUGGAAGGCACAUUUUAACAUACAGUAGAUUCACAUUAAGUGGUGGACCUUGGAGGGAGCACAUUCCCACCUUAGGCUGUGUUUGUGUAGAGUUUCUUUUUCCCCCCUCGCCACUUAGCUCUGGCCCCAUUCCCUGUUGUGAGUAACCCAAGUGUCCCUUCGCUGUAUCUGGAUUGCUUGCCGUUCUGUAGAGUAGUGAAACUGUGUUUUCACUAUGUUUUGACACGUUUGCAGCUUUGCUUAUAAUAAGUUAGAGCAAGCAUGCAUUUGAAGUUUUCAUUGUAGCUCAUUACCAAUGAUAAGGUUAUGACGCAUCCAUCACGUUAACAACAUGCAUGCACGCAGACACACAGAGCGACGCAUCAGAAAACGCCAGAAGAGCCAUUCGGUCGGUCGCUUUACCGUGCUCCAUUAGCCGAGGGGCAGCCUGUAUAGUUCCAUAGGAACGCCAUUAAUAAUCGUCAGUGUCUGGCCUUCAGCUAACGCUGAAUCUCAGCACAGCCAAUGCAGUAUCAUCUGGAACUGCUACCGCGUCCCGUGGGGCCGCCUGUACAUUUUCUAGUCCAGUGGCUCUUAUUGUUUUAACUGGCCGAGUACGCUCAAUGACAGAGAAGCUAUGUGCCUUGGUGAAUACACACAUGAUAAAAAAAAGAAAUAAAAAAGGCUUUGACACACUCACAUGUGCACAGUGGUCUGUGUGUAUAUUACAUGCAAACAUAUACUGGUGUCCACAGGCUCCGUGCACUACAGUAUGUGGCUGCUCCCCACUCACCCACUUACCCACCCACCCACGGCCCAUGUGCGCCGAGUGUUAAAUUGCCCAUUAGUGUGGAAGGUUAACAGACCUCUGCCUGUGAAAAGAUGAAGCAAAGAGAUUAAAAGGAUCCAGCGUUGUCCAGAACAAUUAUCAUGUGCAUUUAUGUUUUGGCUUGUGGUGCGGCGUCUCCGUGAGCCAAACAGUCAUAACAAACUACCACCAUUACCUCAGACUGAAGUCGAAUUCUGAAUAGUUUAUUAUAUGUUUUUCCAUGGAGAUGCAAAUAACAUUAGCCGUUUUAUACAUUAAAUCAUACCAGACACCCUCUCUUCUUUAAGUCUAUUGUGGGCAGGCACCCGGGUGCCUUUAUUUCUUGGUUUUUCUCUGCAUCAGUGUUUUUUGCUCCAUUUUGAUUUUUUCUGCCUCGUCAUAAAGCAAGAUUUUGAUUCAUGUUGUACUUUUUCCCUUUUAUACUCGCUCGUGUAAAGUAUAUUGGUGUGAAUUUGAUUGUCUACAUAUGCUGUACUGUUUUUAGUGUUUUGAAGUAGACAACCAAGGCCAAUAUGUCAGUCAUGCAGUAUUUCUAAUCAACAUUUCGGAGACACUAUCAUCCCUGGAGACUAUUAUACUGCGAAAAUGCUGUGAAACAAAAUAAUAAAGUAAAAAUAAUAAACUAAGUGUAAUUGUUGUGACCACACUGAAGAGCUACUCAUCAAAUUGAUUUCUUAGUUUUUCUAAAUUGUAAAUCAAAUGCGUCUCCAGCUGGUGGCUACUGUCUCCAACUUCGGUUUUCUUUGUUCAGUGACAUCUGUAUUUUUGUUUUGUGUUGAACGUGGUACGUGUUUACACAGAUGUUUUAUGAUUCUAAAGCAAUUUCUGUUGCUUUUUUUUUUUUUUUUUUUUUUGCCGGAUGCACUUUUGCAUCGUCUUAAUUAAAGACCCUUCGAUGACCACUAGCUACAUCCAGUGGAUUCAAACUGUACCUUCAGCGGUACAGCAAAGCAGAGGAGAAUGAGUGAACUGUGUUGUGGCGUCUUUUUAAAAAGGUGUGUUAAUAACACAAACCAUGUACAAUGUAUCAGUCAUAGGUUAAUGCAUGACAAUCUGUACACGUGUAUGUCUGCAACCUCCAAUAAUGGUGUUUGUCACACUGAAAUAGGGCUUAGUAUCAGUGUUUCUGUGAUUCAUCCCAGUUACUCAUUUACAUACUCGUAACCUCAGCAACAUCUGCAUAAACACUUAAAACUCCAAUUAUUUGUGCAUAUUGAUGCGAUGCUAAUAAUCUACAGCUGGCACAGUGUUCUGAAAGUGUUUUUACCCUCAUUUGGUAGCACAGAGGUUUUGUCAGUUCAACCCAUCUCAGUUACGAUCAUCGAAAGACAAAAUGAGGAAAAGGGAAGUCAGCGAUCGGACGAGUGUGGAGAUGCAUGACCACACGCAAUUCUUCAUUGAGUUCCCACCUUGGAAAAAAACGCAUUACGGCCACAUUUCAAAGUAAUAACUGCAGGUUGAGCUUAGACGUAACAAAAUGAAGGAUAAUGAUUCCGUUUUUGUUUUGCAAAUAAUCUACAAAAACUGAAUAAUAGAUCAGAUAUUUAUCUCUUCUUCAAGUCAUAAUGAUUACAUGUUGUUAGGGUGGCAUCAGUCUCAUCAUCUCCACUCUUGCAGUGAUGUUACACAUUUGACAUUGUAGUUAAUUAAACAAUGUAGAGGAUCUUUGAACCCUUACCUCUAAUCAAAACGCAUGUCAAAAGUCUUCAUCCCACAUGCGUAGAGGACGUAUUGUUCACCUUCUACAGACAACAGAAAUGGAAAAGCAUGAAUGUCUCCUGGUAAACCGUUUUCAUAUUUAAACAACACACACACAUACACAAACUCAAACAAUGACUAGACUGACAUGAUAAAUGACAACACUAUAAACUCUUGAUGAGAUUUGUGAGGCGCUCAUACCAUUUUAAUAGUCCCAAUAAAUCCCAUUAAAUCCAUAAUGACAAACCAGGUGAACGUGUCCCUGUUUAAUAGCAUUUUUUUUUUAAUACUUAAACAAGCAGACAUCAUGCAGCUGACAUGGGAUUGCUUUUAAUGACUACUGUGAGGUGGCAGGUCUUUGUUUGAGACUCAAACUAAUGGAUUCCUGUCUCAAACAAACCGAUACGCAUCUGCUGAGGGUGUUUAAAGCCGGCUGGCAGCUGCUAAUUCCGGAUCUGAUAACAGAGCGCUAUGUUUAUAUAUGAUUAUCUGAGUAACGUGAUCAAGGUACUGUAAGCAGUUCUGAGAAGAAGCAGCCGGCGAGUAUUUCCUCUGCCUGUGUGAGCCUCAAAGACAGCCAUCCUCUGAGUGACGGUCUUCUUAUUCCUAAAUAUCACCAUGCAGCCAGAUGACGGGAUCAUUAUGUCGUAUAGUGUGGGAACCAAAGAUACACUCGCAUGGCAAUUUCAUGUGUGUUCGAACCGUUCAGCAGUGUAAAGGAGUCAAAUUGAAUUACAGCCACAUUGUGAAAGGAUUUUGUGAAACUACAUAAUAUUCAUAUUCUUGACAGGAUAGCAAUGUGCCACAUAAAAAUGAUCAAAAUCCUGCUCUGUCUGCACACCCGAGAAAUGAUCACGAAUGGUUUACCAGGAGAUCUGUUCAGAGUUUGGUCCAUUUCCUGUGUGUCGUUUUCCUUGAAUGUAAUCUAUACUUCAUCUUAUCAUUCUACUUUAUAUACUGAAGCCUCUGCUUCAGACAACCAGUUUGACAAAUGUCUUGAUUUGUCCAACUGCACAAUAUGCGGGAUUACCUUCAUAAUGCACAUUGUGUGUGUGUGUGUGUGUGUGUGUCUUUGGACAGCAAAAAAAGGGGAAAAAAACACUUUCAGAGCCACAAAACCACAGCCUCUGCAGCAGAAUCUCUGUCAUCCAAACUGCUCAGACUGAUAACUGAAGAAGGGCCAUAGCAAAACACAACAUGGAGUUCAAAAGUAAGAGAUGAAUCAUCAACAUUAAAGAAAGACAUUAAUAAAAACAAGUACUUCAAAGAGUAUGCAUGUAGAACUAGCAUUAUAAGUCAAGAGCUUGUGGUAUUUCAGGAAUUAUUUUUACUAUCUAUCGUAUCUGAGGGGUUUUGAUAGACGGGGCUCGACUUUAUUGUUGCCAUUUAGGUUCGGUUGUGAUUUUGUUACUCGUGUGAUAAAUCCUUUCCUCACAGGGCCA